UGUCUAUAAAUGUCUUAUGUUUGUAGACUAGUCGGCCAACAUAUACUGUACAUUCUGUGCCACUAGUACCAGUGGCAUUAAGCUUACAACACUAUAGAAAGGGAGAGCAAAGUGAGGAAGCGGGCCCCACAAUCAUGAUGCUUGACACAUACGAACAACAAGGGGAAGAGGACUUGGAGGCGGAGGGUAAGAAUGGUGACACCAAACCCGGGCAGCAAGAUUUUCAUGACCCUGCUGGCAUGGACGUGGAAGGCGUCAUCGAGACAAAGUGGACAGAGGUGGCUACAAGCUUCGAUGACAUGAACCUUAAAGAACCUUUGUUAAGAAGCAUUUAUGCUUAUGGUUUUGAGAAGCCAUCUGCCAUCCAACAGCGUGCUAUCCUGCCGUGUAUCAAAGGUUACCAUGUUAUUGUUGCCCAGGCCCAGUCAGGCACCGGAAAAACUGCCACCUUCUCCAUCUCCAUCCUCGAGCGAAUUGACCCAAAAUCCAAGGAGACACAGGCACUUAUUCUUACGCCGAUCCGAGAACAAGCCCAGCAGAUACAAGAGGAGGUGUUGGCCCUGGGGGAUUACAUGAAUAUAACGUGUCAUGCAUGCAUCGGUGGCACCAACCUGCGGGAGGAUAUGCGGUACCUGGAAAAGGGUGUUCAGAUCAUUGUGGGUACUCUUGGUCGUGUGUAUGAUAUGCUCAAACGUAGAGUGAUUAACCCCGGCAAGAUCAAGAUGUUCGUUCUUGAUGAGGCCGAUGAGAUGCUGUCACGUGGGUUCAAGGAUAAGACAUACGAUGUUUUCCGGUAUCUUCCCAACGAUGUACAGGUGGUAUUACUCUCAGCCACCAUGUCGCCUGACGUGAUGGACGUGACCUCCAAAUUUAUGCGUGACCCCGUUACUAUCUUGGUCGAGGGAAAGGAGCUCACCCUCGAGGGUAUAAAGCAGUUCUUUGUUAGUGUGACGAAAAGGAAUAAGUUGAAAACCCUUAAUGAUCUGUACAAGACACUGAUCAUCAGUCAGGCAGUGAUUUUCUGCAACACCUGCAGGAUGGUGGACUGGCUGAUGGCUCAGAUGCAGCACAGAAACCCCAGAGUGUCGGCCAUGCACGGUGGCAUGAACCAAAAGGAAAGAGGUGCUAUAUUGAGCAAGUUCCGGUCUGGUUCAGCUCGUGUUCUCAUCACCACUGACCUGUUUGCCCGACUUCCCGACAUCGACGUGUCCCUGGUGAUCAACUACGACUUUCCUUCUAACAGGGAAAGUUAUAUCCACAGGAUUGAUCCAGGUGGACGCUUCCACCGAAAGGGAGUUGUUAUCAACUUUGUGACUGCUGAUGACACCAGAGCUCUGAUGAACAUUGAAAAAUACUACCGCACUUCCAUUGAGAAGAUGCCAUCGAAUGUGGAGGAUCUGAUUUAGUUCCUGUAAUGUGCUAAGUAAACCACAGAUAUCGCUACUCGAGUAUCCGGUCGAGAACUCAAGUACUAAAUGUUGUAUUAGGAAGAGGAAAACAUACAGCCCAGAUAAAGUGUGAACUGUAGAUAGUGAUGGUGUGUUGGACAUGGUCUCCUGUUGUCUGGGUGUGUCUCGCCAUCGAAAGGCCCCCACCCACACUGAGCGACUCUAGUACGGUACCGCCAAUAACAGGCCUAUCUUCCUUACCAUUUUCCUGGGUGCUCACCCACUACCUGGGCGCAGGUUAUACAGCGUAUCAUACACAGCAAUGAGAAAAAUUCGGCCCUCUCAUGUCUCUAAAGGUAAAUUCCAACUACAUUUACAGCUGAGUGAACUGAGUGUGCCUGGGGAUAGGACCACCGACCCAUGAAACAAGGGGCAAGACUACAUCCACUUGACGGUUGCUUUCAUGUCCACAAAAAAUAUAAAAUUACCUCAUAUAACAGUAA